AUGAAUUCUUCAUAUUCGAAAGAAGCCUCAUAUAACUACAGAGAUGGUGUAUAUAGAGAUGAGCGUGGUCGAGUGACAUACCCACCGACUGUCUAUUACAACGAUCGACCUUACAAGCCUGGGUAGGGUGGUUUUGAAUGGCAUGUCAAAACUUUUUAGACUAUUUUUUAAACUUUUUAAAAAAUUUUAAAAUUUCAAAAAAAAUUUUUUUUUAAAUUUUAAAAUUUUAAAAUAUCAAAACAUAUUUAUAAAAUGACAUUUUUAGCCACGGUCCAACAUACUAUGUCAGAGAAGACGUAAGAUACGAUGAUUAUGGACGACCAGUGGUUUAUCGUCGUGGUGCCAGAGGGAAUGGCUGCCGUUUCUUCCCUAUUUGCUGUUGUUUCCCUUGUAUACCGUGCUGUAUUCCUUGUACUGAUUAA